AUGUCAGGAAGACGCAAUGGUAAUCGCAUCCGCGGCCCACAAUCUGCCUUGACCGACUUCCUUUCUUCACACAACAUCUCAGCACAACAGAUUCGUGACGACUACGAACGCCGCGUACGCGAAGCAGCUCAACAAGAAAACGCCGGCGAAGGUGGCUCCAACGACCCAGCACCACCCGCCGACCCCGACGCUGAAGCAGCUGCCGCCCUAGCAGCAGCAGAAGCCGCAGACGCAGCCGCCGAGAAGACCAGAAAGAGAAAGCGCAAGGAAGAAGCCGCCAUUGAGAAGAUCAAGAAGGCCAAGGGCGCAAAAGGUGGAAAGAAGAAGAAGAAGCCCGCUGGCAGUGACGACGAGGAUGAUGAUGACUUUGACAUUAGUGGUGCCAUGUACGUCAAGGCUGCUCCUUUGCCUGGCCAAUUCGAGAACUGCGAGAUCUGCAGUAAGCGCUUCACUGUCACGCCUUACAGCAAGAGCGGUCCUGAAGGUGGUCUGGUCUGCACACCCUGCGGCAAGGAGCUCGCCAAAGAAGGAGACGCAGCAGCUGGAAAAAAGACAAAGAAGCCGCCGGCUGGAAGAAAGAGACGUCAGGUGGAGAGCGAGCGACUGAACGGUGUUGCCCUUGGUGGAGCAAAGACGUUGCAGCAGCUCUGCAUCGAGAAGGUUGCACAGUACCACGAAGAUGUCGACGAGCUGGGAGAGCUGCCCGAGCCCGUCAUGCUGCGACUGGCCGAGAUCUUCGCAAAGAAGCGCGUCUUGAACCCAAAGACACUCAAGCUUUUCGUGCGCCCUGAUUCCGACACUGUCUGUGUUCACGAUGCUGCAUACCUGGAAGUUGAGGACUACCAAGGCAUCUGCGCAGUCGCUCCUGGUCUCAAGAAGCUUGUGAUUCGCAACGCUUGCCAGCUCAAGGACGAAGUCAUCGAGUACAUGAUGGAGAAGUGCGAGCAGAUCAACUUCAUCCAGUUCUACGCCGCCAACCUGGUGUCUGAUGACAUGUGGCGCAAGCUCUUCCAACACUACGGCAAGCAGCUCAGAGCAGUCAAGCUAUCGUGGCUGGAUGCUUCCUUUAACGACGGAACUGUCCAAGAACUUGUCAAGCACUGCCCUGAUCUCAUCCGUCUCAAGCUCAAGCUCUGUCGCAGACUUACCGAAGAGUCCAUCAUCGCGCUUGCUGGUCUGACCAACCUCGAGCGUCUAUCAUUGCAGACUGGUGUCCAGCCGUCGUGCGAGAAUGUCAUCAACCUCAUCAAAGCCGUUGGCCCAAACUUGCGCACACUCUCAUUCGAAGACUUCCUCGACCUUGAUGAUGCAGUCCUCGCUCAGAUCAAGGAAUCUUGCAGUCAUCUCGAAAAGUUCCGCUUGCAGAUGAACGAUGUUGCCAGCGAUGCUGCCUACGCAAACCUCUUCACUGCCUGGAAGAACCCACCACUCACAUUCGUCGACCUCAGUGGAACUCGUGACGUCGACAACAAUAACCCCAAAGGCCCAGAAGAAGCCAUCGGCCUUGCCUCAGCUGGGUUCAAGGCCCUUAUGACACACUCCGGCUCAGCCCUUCGCACACUGGACAUUGCUUCCUGUCGUCACAUCAGCUUGGAAGCCUUCCUCGACGUCUUCGGCAAUGGUACCAUCUACCCCAAUCUUGAGAUGAUCAACUUCAGCUUCUGCAGUCGUGUCGACACGACUGUGAUUGCAGGCGUGUUCCAAAGCUGUCCUUCCAUCAAAAAGGUCAUCGCUUUCGGCUGCUUCGACGUCACUGACGUUGUCGUGCCUAGAGGUAUCGCCCUGAUUGGUGUACCUAAGGCUCAAGAUGCGAUUGAGCAGAUCGGCACGAGUAUCGAUGUUGCUGAAGCUGUUGGUCGCAUGAUUGAUGUCGGCGCUUGA